AUGUCUCCGGCGUCUCGGAAUUCAAGAUUCCUCUCCUUACUCAUCUUGUCUCUAUUCUCCAUCGCCACAUCCGACGAUCUCCAAGCUUUACUCAACAUCAAAUCAUCCCUCCUAACCUCAAACCCCGGCUUUCAAGAUUCAUGGAAUCUAAACUCCAAUCACUGUAACUUCACCGGAGUAACAUGCGAUUCCACAGCCUCCGUUACAGAGAUCAACCUCUCUCAUCAAGGCUUAUCCGGAAGCUUCCCGUUCUCUUCCCUCUGCGAUCUCAAGAAUCUUCAAAAGCUCUCUCUCGGAUUCAACUCACUCUCCGGAACCAUCCCUAGUGACAUGAAUAACUGCACGAGCCUCACCUACUUGGAUCUCGGCAACAACCUCUUCUCCGGAUCCUUCCCUAACUUCUCCUCUCUAAGUCAGUUACAGUAUUUAUAUCUAAACAACAGCGCGUUCUCCGGCGUUUUCCCUUGGAAAUCACUACAAAACGCAACAAGACUCGUCGUUUUAAGCCUAGGAGAUAAUCCGUUUAAUACGACGCCGUUUCCGGAAGAGGUUGUUAUUUUGAAUAAACUCUCCUCCCUCUACUUGUCAAACUGCAGCAUCACUGGCAACAUCCCUCCAUCGAUAGGAGACUUGACGGAGCUACAAAACUUAGAGAUUUCAGAUAGCGGACUCACGGGAGAGUUCCCUCCGGAGAUAGUGAAACUCACUAAACUCCGGCAGUUAGAGGUUUACAACAACAGCUUGACCGGGAAGUUUCCUCCCGGUUUCGGAAGCUUGACGAAUCUGACUCUCUUGGACGCUUCAACUAACUAUCUAGAAGGCGAUUUAUCGGAGCUCAGAACUCUGGUCAACCUCUACUCUCUACAGCUCUUCGAAAACAGAUUCUCCGGCGAGAUUCCGCCGGAGUUCGGUGAAUUUAAAGAUCUGGUUAAUUUGUCUCUGUAUACAAACAACUUAACCGGUUCUCUCCCUCAAAAACUCGGUUCUCUAUCUGAUUUUGAUUUCAUCGAUGCGUCGGAGAAUCAUUUAACCGGACCGGUUCCUCCUGAUAUGUGCAAGAGAGGGAAGAUGAGAGCUCUCCUCCUCCUGCAAAACAAUCUCUCUGGCUCCAUACCUGAGUCGUACGGUAACUGUUUAACUCUUGAACGUUUCAGAGUUAAUGAUAAUUUACUCAACGGAACAGUUCCAACUAAGCUUUGGGGAUUACCGAAAGUUGAGAUCAUCGACUUAGCUAACAACAACUUCGAAGGUACGAUCAGUAAUGAUAUAAAGAAGGCGAAAAUGCUCGGAGCGUUGUAUUUAGGGUUCAACAAGUUCUCUGAUGAGUUACCUGAGGAGAUUGGAGAGACUGAAGCUCUGACUAAGCUUGAGCUUAACGAUAACCUGUUUUCGGGGAAGAUUCCGAGCUCCAUUGGGAAACUUAAGGGGCUUAGCAGUUUAAAGAUGGAGAGAAAUGGCUUCUCCGGUGAGAUACCGGAGUCUAUCGGGUCGUGUUCGAUGCUCAGUGAGCUGAACAUGGCUCAAAACUCGCUGUCGGGAGAGAUCCCGCACACGCUGGGAUCUCUUCCGACGCUCAACGCUUUGAAUCUUUCGGACAACAAGCUCUCCGGGAGAAUCCCGCAGAGCUUGUCGUCUCUAAAGCUUAGCCUUCUCGAUCUUUCGAACAACGGAUUAUCAGGUCGGGUACCGCUGAGUUUGUCGUCGUAUAAAGGUAGCUUCGACGGCAAUCCUGGACUCUGCAGCAUGACGAUCAAAUCGUUUAACCGGUGCAUGAGUCCUUCAAGAUCGCAUCGUGACACUCACGUGUUUGUGCUGUGUAUAGUUUUCGGUUUACUGAUCUUGAUUGCGUCUCUUGUGCUUUUCUUGUACCUCAAGAAAACCGAGAAGAAGGGAAAGAAAACUCUGAGACGUGAAUCUUGGAGUAUAAAGUCGUUCCGAAGGAUGAGUUUCACCGAAGAUGAUAUCAUCGGUUCGAUCAAAGAAGAGAAUUUGAUCGGUAGAGGAGGUUGCGGCGAUGUGUACAGAGUAGUAAUCGGUGAUGGCAAAGAGGUAGCUGUCAAACACAUUCGUCGUAGUAGCACAGACACGUUUACUCAGAAGAAUUUCAGCAGCACGAUGCCGAUUCUCAAGGAAAACGAAGGAAGAUCGAAGGAGUUUGAAAGAGAGGUGCAAACACUAAGCUCGAUACGGCACUUAAACGUUGUGAAACUCUAUUGUAGCAUCACUAGCGAUGACUCGAGCUUGCUGGUGUAUGAGUAUUUGCCUAAGGGAAGCUUAUGGGACAUACUUCACUCGUGUGAGAAGUCGAAUCUCGGUUGGGAAACGAGGUAUGAUAUUGCUCUUGGUGCAGCGAAAGGGUUGGAGUAUUUGCAUCAUGGAUAUGAGAGACCGGUGAUUCACCGUGAUGUUAAGUCAAGUAACAUAUUAUUAGAUGAGUCAUUUAAGCCUAGGAUUGCGGAUUUUGGUCUUGCCAAGAUUCUUCAAGCCAACAAUGGUGGUCUAGAUUCAACUCAUGUAGUUGCGGGAACAUACGGUUACAUAGCUCCAGAGUAUGGAUACACGUCGAAAGUGAAUGAGAAAUGCGAUGUGUAUAGCUUUGGAGUUGUGUUAAUGGAACUAGUCACGGGGAAGAAACCGAUAGAGGCAGAGUUUGGAGAGAGCAAAGACAUAGUGAAUUGGGUUAGUAACCAUCUGAAUAGCAAAGAGAGUGUUAUGGAAGUUGUGGACAAGAACAUAGGAGAAAUGUAUAGAGAAGAUGCAGUCAAGAUGCUGAGGGUUGCAAUCCUCUGCACUGCAAAGCAACCUGGACGAAGGCCGACGAUGAGGAGUGUGGUUCAUAUGAUCGAGGAUGCUGAACCGUGUAGAUUGAUGGGCAUUGUGAUUAGUAAAGAGGUGAUGUGA